UUCUAAAAAAAUUAUUAAGACAAGCUGUGUGGCUUAUAAUACCAGUGGAGAUAUCAGCCAUGGCGUUGGUGUUAAGGAAACUGAAAGAUGUUUAUCUAUAUAGUGAAGAAAGAUCGGAUCCUAAGAAUGUUGGUAUCGUCACGAAUCCACUAUUUAUUGUUUCAUUCGUCGUUUUAUAUGUAUUGUUGGUGAAAAAAAUUGGUCCCAGUUUUAUGAAAAAUAGGCAGCCGUACAAUAUUCGAAGUAUUCUAAUUGUAUAUAAUAUAUUUCAAAUAUUAGUGAAUGUAUACUUAUUAGCUAAGGCUCUAUACUUUUAUGCACACUCACCAUAUUACAUAUGUUUUCAAAGUACAAAGGUGCAUAUACUUGACUUAGGAAGAUGGGAGAUAUUCCUUCUUAAAGCAUUUGACUGCAUUGAAACUAUUUUCUUUGUACUCAAGAAAAAUUAUCGACAAGUAAGCUUUCUGCAUGUAUACCAUCAUGGUGGUAUGGCAUUACUUACAUGGGUUGGACUCAAAUAUGACUGGGGACAACUAGUUGUUAUUCUACCACUAUUAAAUUGCUUCGUCCAUGCUCUAAUGUUUACUUAUUAUUUAUUAACCAGCAUUGAUCCCAAAUGGAAGAAGAGAGUAGACAUAAAGAAGGCAUUAACGCAAUUACAACUGAUUCAAUUCGCUAUGUUUGUAGUCCAGGCUAUAGGAACCAUGGUAAUACCUGGAUGCGACAAUCCUUCUUAUUUGGGAACCGUAGCAUGGAUAAGUCAAAAUUUAUUUAUGACUCUCUUAUUUGGAGACUUUUAUAUUAAGACCUAUUGGAGAAAAAAGAGCGAAUAAAAAAAUUUAUUAACGAAUGAGACAUGUUCUAAGAGUCCAUUUAAGUUGAAUCUCAAGUAUUUUUAAUUUUGUAAAUAUAUAGCUACACAAUUGUAUAAAAUAUUGUCAGUGUAGACAGUGUAACUUUCAUAUAAUAUCCGAUAUAUUUAUUUCUAAAUAAAUACAUUUAAAUAUUA